UUAAAGUUUAUUUUAACUUUCCAGUUAAGGUUACCAAAGUGUGAAGUCGAUGUAAUGGAUGUCGGUGAUAUUUUUGGCGACGUUGUGCCAUGUUCCGAGUUUUAACAUUCUCAGCGUCUGGAAAUGAAUGUAUCAAGGGGCGGCUAUUCGGUAGCCUACUACAUUGUGAUGAUCCACUUUGCGUGGCCUUGAGCCAUCAAAAUUAAUGUUAGGAUUUUACUUUUCCACUCGAAAUCAGAAAAUCAAAAUGGAAUAUUUACAGGCAUAAAGAUUCUACGCCACGAGCACUGGGAGAUGACACACGGCAUCACGGAACUAACUCACAUUUCCCGUUGCAGUACCUAGCUCCGAAGUUACAAAUGGUUGUUCGCCCCCCAGACAGAAACUAUGUCAGCCAGCAAGCAGACAGCGGAGCCUGCAGGCAACACGCGGAAAACUGCUGACACCAUAGAGUGUGCUGCCUUGGGAAGACCAUUCCAGCUUGGGAUGCUGUAUGACUGCCGUAACGAUGCUCUGAUUCCAGGUGUAACUUUAUGGAAUCAGGACAACCUACAGAGCAAUAAAAGUGUACAACAACAACAUAAUACUGAAUUUAAUGUCACAACAUCAGAUUCAAUUGAGGAGAAGUCAAAUUCAUUAAAUAUAUCUGGCUCUCUUAAAUUAAGUCUCUUGGGGGGACUGGUGAAUGUUAGAGGAUCAGCCAAAUAUUUCCAAGACACAAAGAAAUCUCACAAACAAUCCCGAGUGACUCUUCAGUACAGAGCAACCACAUCAUUUGAAACAUUAACAAUGACUCACCUGGCUCGUGGACAGGUGUCUCAUCCUAACGUGUUUGAAGAUGACAUUGCCACUCAUGUUGUCACAGCCAUCUUGUACGGAGCUGGUGCUUACUUUAUGUUUGACAGAGAGUCAUCCUCAGAGGAUGAUAGGAAACAAGUGGAGGGAGAUGCAAAACUCACCUUCGAUAAGCUGAAAUUCCUGAAAGUAGAUGCUGAGGCAUCCCUCAAAAUGGAUGAUAAAGAGAAAGCAGCAGUUGAAAAAUUCAGUUGCACAUUUCAUGGAGAUUUCCAGUUAAAAACCAACCCAACUUCCUUCAGUGAUGCUGUGAGUGUUUACAGAAAUCUUCCAGACUUGCUGGGGGAGAAUGGAGAACAUGCUGUUCCAAUCAGGGUGUGGCUGUACCCUCUGCUGAAGUUGGAUUCAAGAGCUGCAAAACUACAAAGAGACAUCAGCAAUGAUCUCAUCACAUGCUCCUCAGACACAAUAGAGUCUCUAACAAUGACAGAGAUGAGAUGCAGUGACAUACUGAAAGACACAGCAGCAGCAACAUUCCCUGCCAUGGGAAAGAAAGUUCAGACUUUGAUGCAGAAGUGCCGUCAGUACAAGCAUGACUUCAUGCAGAAGCUCGGGUCAGUGCUUCCUUCAAUCCGAGGAGGUGUGAAAGAGGAGAGUGCCCUUGCGGACAUCCUGAAGGCACAUGAGCAGUCUCCAUUCAACAGCAAUGACCUGGAUCAGUGGCUCACAUGCAAGGAGAAGGAAUCAGAUGCACUGAAAUCCUUCCUCAAGCAACUGGAGAAACUAGGUGCAGAAAUGGAUGACAAUUUGGAUGACCUCUUGUCUGAUUUAGAGGUCAAAACUAUUGUGUGCUUUUCAUUUACCUCUGUAGACCAGCCUGAUAGUUUCCUGGUUAAACUGUCAGAUUACCUCAAACCAUUAGGAAUGGUGGCCACUCCUGCAGAAUCCUCUGAUCUACAUGCCAGAAACACAGAGUGGCUCUCAACUGAUGCUAGACUGACGAUGAGGAGACAACUACGAUUGUUUGGAGAACUGAAGAAGUUGAACACAAAAAGUACUGACACCAAAUUCAUAGCUGCAUCAAAAUAUGAUGAGAGCCGUCCUGGGGCGUGGAUUUUCAUAUAUGAAGAUGAUUGUUCUGAUGCCGUGCCCUUUGUACCUCCAUCAAAACCUGCCACCCCAACCAUAACUGGUGUUACACAUGACAGCUUAACAGUUAAAGUGUCUGAACCAGACUCUGCCACUGUAGAGUACAGAGUAGAAUACAGAAUGAAACAGGAACAGGAGACUGAAUGGGCAUCUCACCCAGUGCAGAAGAACCAAGAGGCAGUAACUCUGUCAGGACUGAAGCCAGGGACUGAGUAUGAGAUCAGAGCCACAGCUGUGGGGAAACUCAGCUAUGCUGUGAGCAGUGUUGUCUGCAGUGCUGUAACCCUGACAGCAGUUGGUCCACCAACACAGGUAAAAGUUACUGAAGAGACAGCAAGCUCCAUCACUCUGACCUGGAACAUUCCAUCUGUCCAACGAUGUCAAUCUAUAAAAGGGUACAUCAUUGAGUUCAGAGAGGAAAAUAGCAAUCAGUGGCAGAGGAGAGAUACAGGGAAGGAGGUGUACACAUUUACUCUGGACAACCUUAAAGAGAAUAUGACCUACUCCAUCAGGAUGUGCACAGAUGUUGGUGUUGGAGUAAGUCAGCCUGGUGAAGAAAUACAAAUUAAAACUAAGAAAGCACAACCGGAUAUGAGGAGGUUCACUGUCCUCCCAGGUGAUAAUUUGCUCCCACCAGUCUACCUGCUAAAUCUGAAACCAGCAGAAGAUGGUCACCCCAACAAGAAGGUUUUUGGAAACCCACCAACAAAAAAGCUAUCAAACAAAACCAUCAUGGUUGUUGGUGCCACUGGAUCUGGCAAGACCACCCUCAUCAACGGCAUGAUCAACUACGUUUUUGGAGUUGAAUGGGAGGACAACUGGAGAUAUAAACUGAUAGAUGAACAAACUCACACAACAAAAGGCUGCAGUCAGACCUCGGAGGUGACAGCCUAUGAGAUUCACCACACAGAUGGAUUCAAAGUUCCAUUCUCCCUGACAAUCAUUGACACUCCAGGGUUUGGGGACACCAGAGGAAUCAAACAAGACAAAGAAAUCACAGACAAAAUAAGACAUUUUCUCUCAGUCAAGGGUGGAAUUGAUACAGUUGAUGCAGUGUGCUUUGUAGUGCAGUCUGCGUCAGCUCGUCUGACACACACACAGAAAUACAUCUUUGAUGCCAUCCUCUCCAUUUUUGGGAAGGACAUCGCCACCAACAUUGUUAUUCUGGUGACCUUUGCUGAUGGCCAAUCUCCCCCAGUACUGGAGGCAAUCAAAGCUGCCAACAUCCCAUGUGCAUUGAAUCCAUCAAAUGGCUUCUCUCUUCAUUUCAAAUUCAACAACUCUGUGCUUUUUGUCAAACAUGAAGAGAACAUUUUUGAUACCAUGUUGUGGAAUAUGGGGAAAGCCAGCAUGAAUAAAUUCUUCACUCAUCUAAACACGAUGAAACCCCAGAGUUUGACCCUGACAAAGGAAGUUCUCGAAGAGCGCAGACAGCUUGAGGCAACUGUUGAGGGGGUGCAGCCACUGAUACAAGCAGGUUUGUCAAAGCUGGAGGAAAUAAACUCCACAAAAGCCACACUGCAAAACCACAAGACCCACAUGAAGGAAAAUGAGGACUUUGAUUAUGAAGUAAUAGUUGACAAAUCUGAGAAGAUUGGUCUUCCACCAGGAACCUUCAUCCUGAACUGCCAUAUGUGCAACUACACCUGCCUCUAUCCUUGUUAUAUACCAAAGGAUGCAGACAAAAGUGGCUGUGCUGUAAUGAGAGAUGGACACUGCACAGUGUGUCCCAACAAAUGCCACUGGAAUCAUCAUUUUAGCAUGACUUACCGAUGGGAGAUAAAACGUGAACCAGAGAAGAGGACGCAUCUGGAUCUGAAGAAAAAAUAUGAGGAAGCACUGGGAGGGAAGAUAGCUACAGAGAAAAUCAUCACACAACUGGAAGUACAAUAUGAGCAGGUGCAGAGGAAAGUUGCAGAAAUGACGGAGACUUCAUCUAAAAGCCUGCAACGUCUGAAAGAGAUUGCCCUUCGUCCAGAUCCUUUGGCUACUCCAGGUUACAUUGAUAUCCUCAUAGAGACAGAGAAACAGGAGGCCAAACCUGGAUGGCAGAAGCGUAUGAAAGAGUUACAAGAAGUGAGAGACAGGGCAGUUCUUUUGGAAAAGUUGGCAGAGGGAGUAGAUCUAACUGGAGAAGAAAAGGCAACAUAUGAUAAGAUGAAGUCUAAGGUCAAGGGAAUCUUCAACAAUGCUGACAGUUGGUUUGCAUCUUAAUUGGCAGAUCUGUUCAUGCAUGUUCUCUCAUCAAACAUAAAAGUGUAAUUACAGAAAUAAUUGUGUGUUUGUUAUUUCAUCAUAUGAAAUGAAGGUAUUGAAAUUGAAGUUCAUAUGUUUUUGCUCCUCUGUCAUUAAAUUGUCAUUUAAAUUCUCAUUGGGAAGAAUAUAUAUCCCACUGAAGACUUACCAGUGGGGAUGCUGUCUGAAUAUAUAUCCCCUAAAGCCUUAUCAGUGGGGAUGCUGUCUGAAUAUAUAUCCCCUAAAGCCUUAUCAGUGGGGAUGCUGUCUGAAUAUAUAUCCCCUAAAGCCUUACCAGUGGGGAUGCUGUCUGAAUAUAUAUCCCCUAAAGCCUUACCAGUGGUGAUGCUGUCUGAAUAUAUAUCCCCUAAAGCCUUUCCAGUGGGGAUGCUGUCUGAAUAUAUAUCCCCUAAAGCCUUACCAGUGGGGAUGCUGUCUGAAUAUAUAUCCCCUAAAGCCUUACCAGUGGGGAUGAUGUCUGAAUAUAUAUCCCCUAAAGAAAGCCUUACCAGUGGGGAUGCUGUCUGAAUAUAUAUCCCCUAAAGCCUUACCAAUGGGGAUGCUGUCUGAAUAUAUAUCCCCUAAAGCCUUACCAGUGGGGAUGAUGUCUGAAUAUAUAUCCCCCUAAAGCCUUACCAGUGGGGAAUAUAUAUCCCCCUAAAGCCUUACCAGUGGGGAUGCUGUCUGUAAUAUGAGAGGUGGCUCAGUGUGAUUGGUGUGAAGGAUAAUCAUAACUUUCUUCAUUUAUCCAAGCUAUUCUUCAAAUGAGAGUUCAAAGUAAUUAUUGUAUGUUGAUGUUCAGUCAUGUUUCAAUCUUGUAAUCAGUAUUUAACAGCUUUUAUGGUUAUGGUUGUUCUUACAGUUAUUUUACUCUAAAAAAAAAAAUGUAAUUGUCAUUAGUAGAAUUGUUUGAUGUGUUUUGUGCGCACAUGAAGAGUCUGGGGAGUUUAGUGUUGGGUUGGGCUCUGAGUCUGGGGAGUUUAGUGUUGGGUUGGGCUCUGAGUCUGGGGAGUUUAGUGUUGGGUUGGGCUCUGUAUCGUGACUUUCACUACUGGACUAAAUGUAAUCAUAUGAUUUGUGCUCAAUAAAAAUUAUUUGCUAUUUUACUCUACA